AUGGCUGCUGUCGUCUCAGAUAUUCCUCCAAACCCAAGCUGCAAAAUCAUGACUUUUAGGCCUUCGAUGGAUGAAUUCAGGGAGUUCAACAAAUACGUAGCAUACAUGGAAUCACAAGGUGCUCAUAGGGCUGGAGUUGCAAAGGUUAUCCCACCAAAGGAGUGGAGGCCAAGAAAACAUUACAAUGAUAUUGAAGAUUUGGUGAUUCCUGCUCCAAUUCAGCAGAUGGUCACUGGCCAGUCAGGGCUUUUCACACAGUACAACAUUCAGAAAAAGCCGAUGACAGUGAAGGAGUUCAAGCAGCUGGCCAACAGUGACAAAUACUGCACCCCAAGAUACGUAGAUUAUGAAGAUCUGGAGCGUAAAUACUGGAAGAACUUGACUUUUGUGGCACCAAUUUAUGGAGCAGAUAUCAAUGGGAGCAUUUAUGAUGAA